AUGUAUGAGGUUGGCAGAAGUAUUGAAGAAAAAAUAAAGGUACUGGGAGAAAUUAGGGACAAACCCACACCCAAACCGGACAAUGAUCUGAAAACCAUACAUCUCAACUUUCAAAAUCAAAGGCUAAACGAAGAAAACAGCAGACUAGUUGGUCUAAUAGAGAAUUUGCAAGCCCAACUGAGAAGCCAAUCAGAACAAAUGAGAAGCCGAUCAGAACAAAUAACUGGACUCCAAAAACAACUGGAAAACUUAACAAACGCCAUAAACAAUACCAACAAACAAACUCCCAUGGAAACCACGAAGAUCUCCCCAACACCAGGUGAAAACCAAGGUAAAAAGAGGAAAAAUAGCCUAGACACCAACUCUGAAGACAACUACAACCUGAGUUACCACAAAUUAGACAAUCAACAAGCAUCCACCAGCAAAAAUUAUCAGCCACUAAAUUUGCAGAACACACAACUUCAAGUUACUCCCCAAAAAGAAACCAAUGAUGGCAAUGAAGAACCAAAUGGGCCCAUAACUCCUAAAACCAAAAGGAAAAAAAUCAACUAUAUUCCACCAAAAAGUCCAACCAUACAACAACAAGACAGAUCAGCCGCAAACAACAAGGUACAAACCGAAACAACGGCCAGCAAAAUCCCUCCAAUAGUCUUUAGACAAAAGAAUCGUUGGACUAUGGUGUCUAAAGAACUGGAAAAUAUAAAUUUACACUUCACAAAAGCAACAACUGUUGCUGAUGGCAUUAGAUUCUUCCCCACUAAUAUAGACAGCUACAGAGGCAUAACUGCCUUUUUAACAAAAAACAAGGAAGAAUAUCACUCCUAUAUGCUGCCAGAUCAAAAACUGCUACAAGGUGGACCGACGCCUACUCAGUUCAGCGUCGGUAUAACCACUCUGUACAAAAGUUGUCGAAUAUGA